UUCCAUCAUCCGCAUCUCUCCAUCCUUUACCAUCACGCGCUCGCACGUUCAUCUGAUCUGCUAUCGCUUGCAUGCGUGGGCUCAGCAUGGAUCUGCUAGCGGACUCGCCCGACGCGGGCACAGAUCUCAGCAUCAAUGCGGACUUUGCCAAGCGCUUUCAGCACAACAAGCAACGCGCCGAACAACAUCGUCUGGAGGAGAGGUACGGCAAGCGUGGUGUUGGUGGUGGUGGUGAUGGUGGUGGUGGCGAGGAUGACUCGAGCAGCAGCAGUGGCGACGAUACGGAUGAAGACUCUGAAGGUGAAGAAGUGACUGCGGAUGUGGAUGCUGCUAUUCUGCGCACCAUCGCCAAGAUCAGAGGCAAGGAUGAGAGCAUAUACGAUGCUACAAGGCGCGUUUUCGAUGACGAGCGAUCACGUGCAUCCAACGUCGCACUCCCGCGCUCAUCCAAAGCCAUGGCUUCCAUCUCCUCCUCCUCCUCCAAGAGGGUUACGCUGGCAGACUAUCAGCGCUCGCGAAUCAACGAGCUUAUAAGUAAGCACAAGGAUCCCGCAGCUGCUCUGGCGGAUGCUACUACUGCAGUCUCGCGCGGCUACGCCAAUGACGAUGACGCGCCGUACGGUCAGUUGGCACCGGCUGACGAGGAGAGGCUGCUUCAACAAGAAGUGACGCGAGCAUUCCACAACGAUGCGGACGUCGAUGAUGACGAUGAUGCUCAGCAAGAAUUUUUCACAAAGGCCGGCGCACAAUCGCACGAGUCUGGCGAAGACUCGCAGGCGUAUAGGGCACAUUUACUUGGGGCGCUUGGGACGGACAAGGAGAAUGAGGUGCGCAAAUUGCUGGAGGGGUACGGGCAGGCUGAUGAUCAGAGCGUCCCUAAUCUCCGCGCAACGAAGCGCAAGGAGAGCAAAAAGACGUCGAGUAGCGCGGAAAAGAAGAGUGAAGAGAGGCAAAACGAAGACUUUCUUACGAGCUACAUCCUCAACCGCGGAUGGAUAGAUCGCCCAGAGGCUGCUCCACGCGCGCACGUAGCCUCCUCCUCUAGGACCAAAGAGGAGGAUCCGGACGAUGCAAGCCAAGCAGCGUCUUCUGCCGAUGGCAGAGACUGGGAGGCAGAAGCAGCCGCUUUGGCGUCGGAGGACGAGUUCGAUGAUCGAGCGGAGGCAUACGAGAACGCGUACAACUUUCGAUUCGAAGCCUUGGAAGCUGGCAAAGCAUCCGAGCAGAUCCAAUCCUACGCGCGCAAUCCGCAAGGCAGCGCGCGAAGACAGGAUACCAAGCGCAAGGAUCAGAGGGCAGAGAGAGACGCGCGCAAGCAGGAAGAAAAGAGGCAAAAGAUGGGCGACUUGAAGCGAUUGGCGGAGCUGAAACAACGCGAUGUCAUUGAGAGGCUGAGGAGGCUCAGGGAGGUGACUGGUAGCAGCACCAUCAAUCUCGAGGACCUCGAUUUGGAGGGCGACUUUGAUGCGGCAGCUCACGAUCGUGCCAUGCAACGUGCUUUCGACGAAGAGUACUACAACGAGCGGGAUGACCAGUUCGGAGGCGGCAAAGACACCCUCGAAAAGCCCAUGUGGGAUGAGGAGAUCGACUUGCCGGAGCACGUAGCGGAAGUCGACGAUGCAGACAUUGAGAUGGAUGCCGAUUUCAUGUCCGGCCAUCGAGCUGAGCAGCUCGGUGACGGGGCGACGCGAGAGACGAUGUCCAAAAAGGAUCGCAAGAAGCUGAAGAAGAAGCUCAAGGCGGCCGAAAAGAGGGUGGCCACCAAGGAUGCAAAUGCAGAGGUAGACGAAGCGGAGAUGGAUGCGGAUCGUCAGCCCGAGUCACACCAGGAUGAGGCGGGUCAGCAGCGCGAGCUGGAUAGCGCAGUGGAUGCGUACUACAGUGCGAAUUACGAAGACGUGAUUGGCGAUCAGCCUACCCGCUUCAAGUACGAACCCGUGGCCAAGACGGACUAUGGGCUUUCUGCGGUGGAGAUUCUGCUGGCGGAUGAUAAUGAGCUGAACGGCAUAGUGGGCCUGAAGCAUAUACAGCCUUACCGCCGUGGACGCGCCAAGCCUCACGAUCUCAAUCGUCGACUCAAAGAGUUUAGGAGCGGUCUGCAAAAGAGGUACGGCAAAGACUAUGCGCAGCGGGGACUUGGCGCAGUAGCAGACCCAUCCAGCACGACGACGAGAGAGGCCGAAGAGAGGCCCAGAAAGAGGAUGGGAAAGAAGGAGAGGAACAAGAGAAAGGCUAUGGAGGGCGAUGAUGAGGGGGCAGAUGUGCGCAAGAAGAGCAGGGGCGCCGCGUGAUGUGUGAUGAUGAAGCGGUGUACUUUAAGAUCGCCUUGGGCAAGCAUGAUCAUUCAACCGCGCGCGAGCGCACAUCGUA